GGUCAAGUGGACGUGGAUGAGUUGGCGUUUACCAACCGGAAGUAGUCAAGUUUAGAGAGAAAACGAGGCAGAAUUGCUGGUUAGGUUGCACGGGUUGAAGCUUUCGGUGCUUCUAGCUGUAGUUCGCUGCCUCCGUUCAAAGGUCGUUCACCAUGAGUCUCCAGUGGACGGCUGUGGCCACUUUUCUGUAUGCCGAGGUGUUUGCUGUGCUGCUGCUGUGUGUACCCUUCAUAUCCCCCCAGAGAUGGCAUAAGAUCUUUAAGUCUCGUUUGGUGAAAGCCAUCACUACGUAUGGGAACACGUACUUCAUGGUGGUCAUCGGAAUUCUGGUCUUUUUGCUGAUUGAUGCUUUCAGGGAGGUCCGCAAGUACAGCGUGACGGACAAAGUGGAUCUGAGCAAUAACCCUGUGGCUAUAGAGCACAUUCACAUGAAACUCUUUCGGGCACAGAGGAACGAGUACAUCGCUGGCUUUGCCUUACUUCUCUGCCUGUUACUGAGGCGCCUUGCCACCCUUCUCUCUCAGCAAGCUACCAUGAUGGCAUCCAAUGAGGCCUUCAAGAAGCAGGCGGAGGGGGCUAGUGAUGCUGCAAGAAAGUACAUGGAGGAAAAUGAUAAGCUUCAGGAGAAACUACGGGAUGCUGGCAUUGCAGUUCCUGAUGUGGGCAAGAAAGCUGGAGGUGGCGUGGAGGAAGAGAACAAGAAGCUUAACGAGGAGGUGAAAAAGCUGAAGGAUGAGCUGGACACCACCAAACAAGCCCUGCAGAAGUCAGACAGUGAUGUGAAGGCUAUGAAGAAGCAGGCUGAGAACCUGACAGUGGAGUAUGACCGUUUACUGGAGGAGCAUGCAAAGCUACAGACUAAGUGUGAUGGUCAACGAGAGAAGAAGUCUGACUGAGCAGAUGACAGCAUUGGGUCUUUUUCCUCUCUACUCCUUCUGCAUAACACCUGCAUUCCUGUCAACAGUACUUGCACUUCCUGGGCACACGAACCAUCAAGAACACUCCAGCUACUGACUGAAACCCCUUAGUCACAAAAACCAUCUGGAGAUACUUUGUCAAUAGCUUUCUUUUCUAAAACCAAGAUGCAAAGAUUCAGUGAAAGACAGCAACUUUUAGUCAAGUCACAAAGCUGGCUUUUUUUUUUUUUUUUUUUUUGAAAUGUUCCACAAUUUUAGGCAAUUUAAGAAAAAGCAGUGGUACCCAUUUGUAGAAAGUUCUACAUACUGAGAUGUAAGAGACUAUGAAUUUUUGACCUUUAUCCAGUUCUGGUUUAAAUAUUGCUAUUGUCGGGAUUCUAAAAUGCUGUUUACCUAUUGCCACACAAGGACACUUUCUUAUGAUUACUUUUUAUAGUCUGUUCAUGCUUCAAGUUUUUUUUUUUUUUUUUUUUUUUUUUUUUUUUUUUUGUGGCAGGUUUCAUUGUGUAGAAUUUUCUGAAAUCUUUCAUGUUGUUCAGAUGACCACUUGAAUCUUUCCAGUUCUGUCCAUUGGAUAAGGAUUUAUGACAUGUUUUUGCUUUAGGUUUCUUCUACUUAAGUUCAGAGGUUUCUUCCACUGAGCUUUGCAUUUCAUGUCUCCCCCCACCGUAGAGUCAAAUGUUUUUGUAGUGUUACAUUGCUUUCAGUGGUCUGUUUAUAGCCCUCUAAUAUUGCUCUCAGACAAAAACUGAAAUUAACUGAAGAAUAUAUGUAGGAAAAAAUCAGCCCUUAUAUGACUUUGGGAUGUGGAGUAUCUUAGUGCUGAAACAACUUUAAUGAUGGACCGUUUAAAAACCUAAGCGCUACAGUAGUACUUUGAGUAUCAUGUACUGCUUUGUGAGUCAAAUAUACUGUACUUAUGUAUUUUAUUUAGCUUUAGGUUUUGGUUUGUUACACUUGUUGAAGAAUAGGUAUUACUUUCCUGCUACCUCUCAUUUCUGUGAAUUCCUGUUGGAAGGAGCCAUGCUAAAAACUCCAUACCAGCAAGAGAAGGGAAGUGAAAAUUGACACAAAGCAGUGUGUGCUGUGAGGACACCUUAGUAAAGGUAGGUAAAGCAGGCUGUAGCACUGUGUUGAGUUUGGGUGGGGAUUUUAAACUUUGACCUGGUGCAGGGGAGGAGUUGGUGUUGUGUGUGUUAGAUCCACUUUGGCCAUGGAGACCUGCAAAUGGAUACUUCAUUGUACUUAUGGGAAGCUUGCCAGCAUGUUAAAAGAUCAAGCAGCCCUGUGCCAUUCAGGGCUUUCAUCAUGACUUCUGCUGUACCACUUUUUAAAAAUAGGCACUCCUGGUGUAAUUCUACCUAUGGUUUGAGGACUACCCUCCCUGUUCCUUAUUAGGAACCUCUGUGUGGCUUGUUUUUAAUUAAACAGCAAUCAUAUUUGCCAGUGAUUUAAGCUGGAGGAAGAAAAAAAAAAAAAAACAUGCAGGGUGGUCCCAGGGUCUGUUUUACAGCAUUGUUAGGUUUCUUCAGUUCCUUUUUAAUUUCAAGAUGUUUAGUUAAUGAGUACAUAAGACCAUGGGUUUGAAUUCCAGAAAAAAAAGUACUCUUCAACCAAACAUCAUGGUUUUUUUGUACACUUUAAACCUGUUGUCCUCUGUACCUGAGAUUUCUCUGUUCAUUCAGACUUGUAUUUUUCACUCUUGGCUUUACUUUAGCAUUCAAGCAUGUUCUGUAAUAAGUCAUACCUGGUUCAAAGGCUUAGACUCAAUGUUUGUUUGAAGAGCUGAGACCAACUUCUGUUCAUGUUUACUUUCAUCAGCCCUGUUUCCUGUGACUUUUUCCUGUCUUGUACAGUCAUGAGCUGCAGUCUGACACAAAUUUGCAAUAAGUAAAUAAAAUGUGACUCAAAAUUAGCAGUGUAUUCUCAGUUCUCUGUCCAAGUCUGGUUGUUUUAUGCCAGGUGAAUGGCUACAUGGUCCAGUUUCUGCCUUCUCAGCUUGCUAUGAGAAUCCAUGGCACAUAUGCAGUGUUUUUGUUGAAAGUAAACUUAUUUCCUUUUAUUGCUCUUCUAGUGUCAUGCACCGUACUGUUUUCAGGGGAGCCUGUUUUCUGUUGCAUGAUGUGGCUUCACUUGGGCCCUGAUAAAAACUAUGGGUUCAGUAAUUAAUCCUGCUUGUUUAUUUUUUGGUGUCCUUCUUGAAUGUAGUUGCAUUGUUUGUGGCAAUGUGAUAUGAAUGAUUUGAGUGCUUUUGUUCAGGUUCUUUAAUAAAAUGUUAUGCUUCUCCA